UUGUCAGUUAAUACGAUGACGAAUGUCAGGGCAGAUAUCUUGACCCAGGGGUCAUCUAGGACAGACAGCUCGGGCCAGACGUCCAGGAGCUUGUAACCCACCUCAUACGGCGUGAAGAGCUGUCCAUUGUGGGGUCAGGUAUGACACGGUAGUUGGCCAUAAAAUAAGGGGAAAAAAAUGAUAACCACGCUGAAAGCAGGUCGAGACUAUUUCCUAAUCGAGGCCUCAGAGCAAUGACGCCAUUACCCACGUUUUCUGUCAAUGUUUUUUUAAACGAUAAUAUCGUCUUCGAGAGUUUCAUUUUAGCUGUGUGAGCGCGCGCAGUUUGUGAUCAGCAUAGCAUAAUUACUAUCCAAACGUUAUUUUGACCAAAAAAAUCAUAAAUAACUUUUAAUAAAGUCAAUUUUUUUAACAUGGAAAUGUAAUUGUUCUCAGAAAGCCUAAAUUGCUUCAUCUAACAGUGAUAAGUUUGUUUCCAGGUUUAUAAAUAGUAUGUGUCCAAAGAUAACCUAAUGCGGACAUUUGUAUUUAUAACUCACUGCUCAGCCGAGACCAACGUUCUCGGAUCGCCUUGACCAAGUUGCGUCAUCCCUGACCGGACACCAUGAACCUUGACGUGAAGAUGAGCUUCCAGCAACUGAUGGGCCCCGACCCAGUGGCCGUACCUUCGCCCACCAACUUGUCCGAAAUCUUGCACCUCGCGCCCGGUGAGGCCCGAGGCUGUGACUCUAACGGCACCGAUGAGUACGAGUCGUUCUACAAUACGUCCCAGUUCGUCACCGGCCUCAUCAUCUACCCCAUUCUCUGCAUCACCGGGGUCCUGGGCAACUCCUUGUCUUUGAUCGUGCUCAGCCACAAGGAUAUGGCGACGUCCACCAACAUUUAUUUACUCGGUAAGUAA